GCUUUCGGCCUCUCCGUUUUUGUUUGAUUAAAUAGAACCCACUUGCGCUUUUUAUAUUACCAUUGUUCAAUAUGUUGAGUUGGAUCAAGUAGUCAACUUACAGCUUUCGUAUUAGAUUUUCGAGCAAAGUCAGCUCUGACGAACCGAUCGACAAGAAGUUGCUACAUUGCUAUUUUAUAUUAUUAACUCAAAAAAAUUAGAUUACUUUCUUGUCAUCGAUUUCUCUGAUUUCUUAUAUCCAUGGAGUUCUUCAAACGAAAAACGUCAACGGUUUCUUAUGAUAAAGAAAACCAAGGAUUGAUUAGCGCCAAAGAAAACUUGGAAUUUUUGUGCCUACAUUUUGAACUGGGUUGAGUGGGUAGUUGUUCUUUGGAGAAUUGCUUUUAACCAGAAAGCAACUUUGCUCCCGCUUUCUAUUUUGGGCUAUAUGUUCAUUUUUGGUGUAUUGCAAAGAUAGAAAGGUGGCUUUUGUUUGUUUCUGCUGCAAGUGAUUACAAUGAGGGGUGAUUUUGCUAUUGUGUUCUUCAUAUUCUGUAACCUUCUGCUACUUGCUUGUUAUUCUUCGUCGCAUCCGUUGUGUACUAAUAUGAGGUCACCCUUCAAGCCAAAGACCCCACUUUCAUUCUGUCAAUACAAUGGAAGUGUUUGCUGUAAUUCCACUGAUGAUAUGCAACUGCAAAAUCUAUUUACGGCUAUGAAUGUUUCUGAUCUCAGUUGUGCUUCUCUUCUGAAAUCUAUACUUUGCUCGAGAUGUGAUCAGUUUUCCGCAGAUCUAUACAGAAUGGAAUCAGUGCCUCGUGAAGUUCCUGUUCUCUGCAACUCAACUGUUUCAUCAAACUCAACCCAAUACCAACACAGUGGAGCUGACUUUUGUACCAAGGUUUGGGAUGAAUGCCAAAAUGUAUCUGUAUUGAGUUCUCCAUUUGCGUUGCAAGGUAGAGGUGGAACACCAUUUAAUUCUACUUCCAAGCUGAGUGAUAUAUGGCAGUCAAAAAGUGCUUUCUGUGAUACAUUUGGUGGAUCUUCUGAUGGGGAAUUGGUCUGUUUUGAUGGUGGACCUGUGUUUCUGAACAACACUGAAAUUCCAAGUCCCCCAAGUGGCAUGUGCCUUGAAAAAAUUGGAAAUGGAUCUUAUCUUAACAUGGUACCUCAUCCAGAUGGGUCUAAUCGCGUGUUCUUAUCUGAUCAACCGGGGAAAGUAUGGCUGGCAACUGUCCCUGAGGAGGGAUCAGGAGAAACGUUGGUGAUUGAUGAUUCAAAUCCGUUUCUUGAUCUAACUGAUCAAGUGUAUGCUGACACUGAGUUUGGAAUGAUGGGAUUAGCAUUCCAUCCUAAUUAUCUACAGAAUGGCCGUUUCUUUGCUUCAUUUAACUGUGAUAAGGUUAGAUGGCCAGAAUGUUCAGGAAGAUGUUCGUGUAACUCAGAUGUGGGAUGUGAUCCUUCCAAGCUUGGUUCUGAUAAUGGUGCUCAGCCAUGUCAAUAUCACAGUAUCAUAGCAGAGUUCACUGCUAAUGGUUCCGCAUCACAACCUUCUUCAGUCAUCACUAGUGUUAAACCAUUGGAAGUCAGAAGAAUUUUCACUAUGGGACUUCCAUUUACUUCCCAUCAUGGAGGCCAAAUUCUUUUUGGACCCAAAGACGGGUAUUUGUACUUCAUGAUGGGAGAUGGUGGUAGCGUAGGUGACCCUUACAAUUUUUCACAAAACAAGAAAUCCUUGCUUGGAAAGAUUAUGAGGCUAGACAUAGAUUACUUACCAAGUGCAUUCUCAAUUAGUGAUCUUGGCCUAUGGGGAAACUAUUCUGUUCCUGGAGAUAAUCCGUUUUCUGAAGAUAAGGAGUUGCAGCCUGAAAUUUGGGCUCUAGGAUUUAGAAAUCCUUGGCGAUGUAGUUUUGAUCUGGAAAGACCUUCCUACUUCCUUUGUGCUGAUGUUGGUCAGGACAAAUAUGAGGAGGUUGAUAUAGUCACCAAGGGUGGAAACUACGGAUGGCGUGCAUAUGAGGGUGCUUUUCCAUACCAUCCCCCAAAGUCUCCAGGAGGAAAUACAUCUAUGAGUUCUAUCAACCCGAUUUUCCCUGUAAUGGGAUACAACCACUCUGAUGUCAACAAGGCUGAAGGUUCUGCAUCAAUCACUGGUGGCUACUUUUACCGCUCCAUGACAGAUCCAUGCAUGUAUAGAAGGUAUCUUUAUGCGGAUUUGUAUGCUGGUCACAUAUGGGCAGGUACAGAAACUCCUGAAGAUAGCGGAAACUUCACAAGUACUAUAGUUCCUGUCAGUUGUGCUCUGGACUCUCCUAUCGAGUGCAGAGCAGAGGCAGGAAGCUCUUUUCCUGCAUUGGGGUUCAUAUUCUCCUUUGGUCAGGAUAACAGGAAAGACAUGUUUAUCUUAGCCAGUACCGGUGUAUAUAGAGUUGCUAGGCCUAGUCGGUGCAACUACACUUGCUCCAAAGAAAAUGCUUCAUCUUUUUCCCAUCCAGGUGAAGACGUCGCAAUCUUUUUGUUAACUCAUGUUCAAGAUCGAUCCUCAUUUUCUGGUUGAUCAAUACUACAUUGGAGCCAUUGCUGUCCAUCACUGUCUCAGUUGUCCUUGUGUAAGCAGUAGAGGCACUGCCCUCACCAUGGGAUUCAAGCAACUCUAAAAUUAAUCUUUCCUGUAAACAACGAAAACAUCAGAUAUGUGCAAACUGCAA